CCCGCGGCUCCCCACGGGCGGCGGCGUUGCCAUGGCGACCGCGCCGCGCAGCGCCGCCAUGGAGGUGACGGGCAGCCGCUUCUGCGGCGGCACCGAGCGCGGCAGGAUGGAGGGAUGGGGCUCCUACACGCUGCCCACCGGCACCGAGUACCGCGGCGAGCUGCGGGACGGCGCGUUCCACGGCCGGGGCGCGCUGCUGUUCCCCGGCGGCGGCAUCUUCCGCGCGGUGUGGCACCGCGGGCUGCCCGCGGAGGGGAGCUUCACUUUUGCAGACGGCCUCGAAUACGCGGCUGAAAGGUGGGAUUACUGCGACGGCUACGACAGGAGGUUCUACAGCGAGAUCCGCUCGGGGCUCAGAGCCGCAGGCAUUUCUCAGCUUACCAAUCUGGAUCCUCCCCGACAAAUCCCAGCAGGAUGUUACGACUGUGGUGAUGGAUUCUAUAAUCCUGAAACCAGAAUUGUCACUGACUACGAGCUGAAGUUUCUGAGAAAUGCAGGGAAAGGAAUGGCAGUGAGCUGUGCAGCAUUCCUCUGGACAACUGGCAAGCCGUGUUGUGACCCAGCACAGAGCUCAAGCAUCUGCUUGUCUUCAAGUGUGAGAACAGCCCCUUUUAUUUAAAUGGGCUUUAGGGCUCAUACGUUGCUAAAUAGGAAACUGUCUUGUCACACUCUAGAGCUGUGUUCUGAGACAAAUCUGACAAAGACUGAGUCUCAUGGAUCCGUCCCCAGAUCAAUAAACCUUGAUGAAAAUCCGUUCUCAUCAAGUCAAAAGGGAAGCAUUAUAAAUAAUAUGCAAACAGAAGAACCCCCGACAGCUGACACCAGGGUAACUCAAAAAGAUAAUCUGACCUGAAACAAGUACUUUG